AUGUACACUUCAUUCUUCUUAUUUGCUCUUUUACUCGUUGCUGGAGUUGAGUGCCAACUCGGAAAUCAAGGAGGGCUUGGAGGCAAUGCAGGUGGAAUGGGAAUGCAAGGAGGAGGGCUUGGACAACAAGGAGGUGGACUCGGACAGCAGGGAGGAGGCAUGGGCAUGGGCAACCAAGGCGGAGGCCUCCUCGGAAAUGGAGGAGGAACACUUGGCUUGGGUCGCUAA